CCGAUAAACCAAAAUCGAAUCCCGAAAUCGAAGCCGUCGCUUAGUAAAUCACCAGCAAGCAAACCGCUCAGUAGUUCCAGUUGUCGAGCUGUCAGGCUGAUCUGCCUUCCAUUCACCGUACCAGUGUAAAAUCCAGGCGACUACGCUUAGCGUUACAAAGGCGAGGCGCCAAAAAGAGCCACUUUCGAAAACGGUUCGACUCGACUACAGUUUAAACACACAGGAAGCCAGAAGCCCCAAGAAAAACAGUCAAAAUGUCUGAUCGCAAGGCCGUGAUUAAAAAUGCCGACAUGAGCGAGGAGAUGCAGCAGGAUGCCGUCGAUUGUGCGACACAGGCCCUCGAGAAGUACAACAUUGAAAAGGACAUUGCGGCCUACAUCAAGAAGGAGUUUGACAAAAAAUACAAUCCCACAUGGCAUUGCAUUGUCGGUCGCAACUUUGGAUCGUAUGUCACCCACGAGACGCGCCACUUUAUCUACUUCUAUUUGGGCCAGGUGGCCAUUUUACUGUUUAAGAGCGGUUAA